ACCAACACUUUUAUACCCAAUGCUACACUGCUACACAAACAAAUAAGCAGGCACUUACUGGUGAAUGCAAAUAGCGUGUAUAGAGUGUAGGGGAUAGAGUAUGAGAGUAGUUACUCUAUAAGAGUAACCGAGUGUAUAGAGAAACACACACACACACACAAACACUUCCACAGCCAGAGUGUAUAAUUUGAUACCAUCGUCUAUAGAUCUAAUAACAUCAGUAGUAAUUACGCUGUGUGUGCGCGUAUCUGUCCCAAAGUCACUGAAAGAGAAAUAUGAGUGCAAAGUGAAUAAGUCGUGGGCCAUCAAAAUAGUACUGUUUAUUUAUUGAAAAGAGGCGAAGAUAAGAAAAAAAAUAUCAAGUUGGAACGAAAAAUGAACCGAAUUGUGAGGCUUUAAUCAUCAUUCACAUUGAUGAAUAAAAAUGAGUGUCGAGUGAGAGAAAACCCGCUGAUAAAAAAAAUUGUUAUCUUCAUUUUCAUGAGUAGAAGGAAAUUUUGCAAUUGGAAUUGCUAUUGGAUUUGUCGAGUGUGCAUAUGAUUUAUUAUUUAUGUGUUGUAUGUGAAUAGUUGUUGGAGUAAUUUGGUGUUCCCUUCGAUUGGUUGCAAUUUAUGAAAUAUACAGAGUAAAAAACAAAAAAAAAACAAAAUCAUUUUAUUGAUUGGGUCAAUUUUGACGUCAUCAUCGCAUAUUUUCAAUUAAAUCGCAUCGCAGCAGUUGUGCGUGUUAGUACUGCGAAACCAGUUCAGACGACGACGGCAGCAACAGCGAAAAACAACAACUGAAAAAUCGCACAAAACAGCAGAACAGAAAAGUAGCCGUUUGUGAACACCGAAUCGGUUACGACUUAGGAUUCGGUCGCCAAUUACAUCGAUCAUCUAUGGAAAUAUAUUUGCCGCGACUGAUUUGACGUCCAAAUUUAGACUACAGAACGAUGGCGACGGCAACCACAGAAACAAAAUCCACCGAAACAGUCAAUACACAGAUACGUACCGUAGAUAACAUUUCAUUAUGCUCAUCGGUGAGUGCAAUAUCGAGCUGCCCAGAUCGGCAUGGAUUUUAUGGCGGAUUCCAAUUUAAUGAUAAACCCAAAGAGGUUUUAUCGCCCGCACAAAUUGUUGCACGCGAAAAGAAAUGGCUACACAUGUUCCAGAAUUGGAAAGAGUACAUGGCAAAAAAUUAUAAAAAAGUCCGAGAAAGAUGUCGCAAAGGGAUUCCACAGUCAGUACGGCCAAGGGCUUGGUUUUAUCUAUCCGGCGCCUAUUUGCUACAUGAGAAAAAUCCUCAUUUAUAUGAACAACUGCUGAAAGAGCCUGGGAACGAACACAUUAUGGAUGACAUCAAGAAAGAUCAACAUCGAACAUUUCCCAACCACGAAAUGUUUGUGGAUGAAGAGAAACACGGACAAAAAGAACUGUUCAAUGUUCUUAAAGCAUAUUCCGUUCUCAAUCCAAAAGUCGGCUACUGUCAAGCACAAGCACCAAUCGCCGCAUUCCUUCUCAUGCACAUGCCCGCUGAACAAGCGUUCUGGUGCUUCGUCAGCGUUUGUGAUAAGUAUUUGGCUGACUAUUUUACGCCUGGAAUGGAAAUGCUUCGACGUGAUGCGAAUAUGUUGCAUGCUUUGCUGAAAAAGACAUCGCCUUCUGUCCAUCGUCAUUUGGAGAAGCAUAAUGUUGAACCAUUCUUAUAUAUGACGGAUUGGUUUUUAUGUGCAAUGACGCGGACGUUGCCAUGGGAUACGUUACUGCGUAUAUGGGAUUGUUUCCUGUGCGAGGGUAUCAAAGUUGUAUUCAAGGUAGCGCUGGUGAUUCUCGGAGCUUGUUUGGGAUCGGCCAAAGUGCGAAAAUCAUGUAAUGGAAUGUGCGAAACCAUUACCGUGCUACGAUCACCACCAUCCAAGUACCUCACCGAAGAUUUUCUCAUGCACCACAUAAUGCGGCUCAAUCUCACCGUUGAGGAUUUCAAAGUCGAACACGAACGACAGGCCACACUACAUCGCAAAACAAAGAACAUGUAGAAAAAGAACAUUCAACCCCGAACCGGCCCAACUACUAAUUUGUACCACAUUAAUUUAUUCUAUAAAUUAUACAAAACGGAUUAGGCGCCAAAUGGGCUCGCUUAACCUCCAGUUUAUUUGUUUUCUUUUGCUAAGUACCGAAAAUUUGCAAACACACGUUAAACCGUUUCUAAUUAAACUUCAUGUGAAGUUUUCCAUUUAGAGCAUAAUUCCAUUCCUUGAAUAUGCUUUGUUUAAAAUGUUUCUGUUCCGUCACUUUUCAACUGGCUAUGAUUACAAUGAUACAACAGUAUUAAUUUCCAAUCAAUUUUUACUUGAAUAAGAAAUUGGGUUUUCGAUCGUAAUUUUCGAUUAGCAACAAAAAUGAUCCCCUUUUUGAUUCAUUCCACAAUACUUUCCAAAUUGAUAAAUUCCAAUGAGUUCUGUCGCCUGCAAUUUUGCACGAUCCGUCCUUAAGCACUUCUGUCCCGAGUCUAUUUCUCAACAGCAUUAAAUUCUACUAGGUUAAGCUCAGCAAAUAGUCAAAUUAGUCGAUCGGCCCUCGAACAAUAUUCGGACAAAUUAUUGAAUUUAAUUGAACUGGAAUUUUUUUUUUUUUCGUUCGGAAAAUGUGCAAUUUUGAGAGGGAUCGAAUGAAGUUGAAUUGAUUUUAAAGCAGAUUUUUUUUUUGCAAUUUUUUUUUAUUCCUUACAAUUUAAUCAGUUUUUCAGUGGAAUUUUUUCCACAAUCCAUAUUUCAGAUUUUUCCACUAUGUUUUCUUCCGUUUUUUCACAAAUUUAUUUUUCUGUUCAAUUAAAUAGAAAAUUUGUGAAAGCCGAGCGGAACUUUUCAAGUCUGAGUAUUUUUUUUUUUAAUUCCAAAUCGAAGCAAAAUUACAAUAACAACUCAGAUGAAACUCUGACACUGGAGUCAAAAUUGCGAAAGAACAUUUAAACCGACAUAAUCAAAUUGUUUGCUGUCAAACUUUGUCUCGCUCACGCCAACUGUCACACUGACUCGUUCGUGUACGAAUUGUUGUUAGCGUAAAAGAGACGGUGUUCGCAGUGGACUCAGUUUAGAUGUUCUUUGAAAAAAAAAAAAUCAAGAAUUGCAAUAAAACGAGGAAAAUGAAGAAAAUUAGAAAAAAAAAUUAACGAAAAAAAAUCAAAUGAGUAAAGUUCCACAUGAUUGAUAUUUCUGGGGAAUAAUUUCGAUUUUUUCCAAAUUAUUUCCAAUGAAAACUGUAAAAACCUGAAACUUUUUGCGUAUUAAAUCGAUUCAACUUCAUAUCGACUCCUCCAAAAUCGUCAACAUUUCCAUCGUUAUGUCAAAUCUCACACCGAGAUCAAAGUAAGUUGAAAUUCCUAGAAUUGUGUUACCUUUUUAAAUGAAAGAAAAAAAACUGAAACCAUUUGGAUAAGCCUGGAAAUUGUGCAUUAUUUUUUGGAAGUUAGUUUGUUUUGGAAUCGCAACGAUAUUUCCAUUUUGAAAAUGAAAAAAAUAGAAACGAAACCCCAAACACGAUAAAGUAUUCUGUGAAAUGCAUAUCAGUUUUUAUAGUCCAAUUUAUACAGUUUUGAUACAAAUUCAGUAGAAUGUAAGUGAAAUUUUGAGAACAAAAGUUUGAUACGACACGAAAAAAAUAGUCACAGUUUGACACUGGCCGCGAUAUAAUUUACCAAAAAUAAUUUUUUUUGGAAAAGAAAAACUUCUUUUUGGAAACAUCAAGCACUUUUCAAAUUGAAUUGAUGGAUUCAACGCAAUAGUAAUGGCGUUUAAUACAAUAUUUUUUCUAGAAUUGUAAGCAAAUUAGUGAAAUUUGUGUGUGUGUGUGUGUGUGCUUUCGAGCAUUUAUUUAUAAAAUUCAGUAUGAUCAAGAGCGAAGCAGCUCUUAUCAAUCGGUUUACAUUGAAAAAGUAGCAAAUAAGUUAGUCAUAAAUUUUUAUGUAAAUUGUCAUUCAACUAACCGAAAAUUAUGUCUAUAGUAAUAACAAUUCAUGUUUUUUUCCCCAAUUUUGUAUAGAAAACAAACGCUGCAAUUUAAUAAAGUAAUCAACAAUUUGAGAACA